GAGAGAAGGAGGGGAAGAAAAUGGGUGGAAGAGGAGGAGUGAGGCCAUCGAUCGGUGAAUCGAUCGUAAUCCUGGUGGCUCCUCUACCACCAGAGACCACCAGGACGACAUCGAUCCGGGUGCUCGAUCGAUCUGAUCUUGGAACAGAAAGAGUAAAAAGACAGAACAAAUAUUCGAAUUUCAUCGAAGAGACAAUAAAUAAUCUCGUGGAAGGGUAAAACGUGGAUCUAAAAAUUAUCUUCGAAGGAAUCGAGAUAUCGUGCGAGCAAACUCUGAAACGUUUUCUAAUUAGUUUGAUAGGACUGGAAAGAAACGAACACAGCCAAGAUGCCGCGUUGUUACAUGGUGAAGAAAGCUCUGUGCAACAAGUACAUAAGCAACGUUGCCAGAGGAUUUGAGAGCUGGGGUCGCGGAAGGAGCACGCCAUCACCGACCACCAUGCAGAUCCCGGUCUCGCCCAUAGAAGGGAGCGUCGCACCCCCUGUUGCUCAAGAAUACCUGAGCACGCAGUCUCAAGACACGACGAAGGCAGGAACGAAGACGCUCGAGCAGGACGUCUCCAAGGUGGACGAGUCGACGAACGUGGAUAUGACGACGAGCAAUGCGGGCGCAGAGCCUCCGAUUACUGCUCGAACGGAGGCAACAUCUCCAACGGUGAUUACCUGCGCCACUACAGGCUCAUCUUGCACGAUAGCGGCGUCGCAAACAGAAUCGAUCGCCUUGAGUGUCGAGAACGCAACGUCCACGUUGCCUUUCACAGCUCCCAGAUCACCGUCCAGAACAGCUCAUACGAACUAUCAACAACACAUGCCCGAACAUCACUCACCCCCCGGAGAACCUUCCCCUCCUUCGAGCACCGCCACGCCGUAUCACACCGUCGAAGAAACAACAACGGAUCAUUCCAACGAAUCGAGGUCGAAUAACGGCAACGUGAUCACCAAUUACGUGUCUUCGAUGUUCAAGGAUCGUUCCGCGGCCGAGACCGAAGCUGCUCACGACUUGUUGGAACUGUCGAGGUCUCUCCCGCCUUUACCGCCACCUAGCGUCGCGAUCGGGCCACAGAGCGUGAUAGAAUCGCCUGCUACGGACAUACAAGAGAUGACGGUGUAUCAGCCUGAUCAACCGAUCUACCAGGUGAAUACCAUCGACCUGGCAAGCUCGACCGUCUAUACGCACCACCACCACCACCACCACCAUCACCAACAACAACAACAACAACAACAGGCGCCCACCGCGAGCAUCAUUUACGAGCCCAGCGCGACGAUAGUUCAACAAACGGGCAGCGUGUUCAUCCCUCUGUCCCCUGUUCAAGAGAUUCUGCUCACUUACAGCACACCGUCCAUUCCGUGCACACCGAUUGUCGCCGCUCAACAACAACCGCCCCAACCUCUAGCUCAACAACAGCAAUCCCAUCAGAGCAUAGAGGCGGCGCCACCGUUGACGCCGCCUACCUCCGAAUGCAGCAGCGAUAUCGAGAACAACAAUCCCAACUCGCAGCCUAGUCAGAAGGACAAGGAGGUGCAGACCGUGACCGAGCAAACCGAAGUGAAACCGGCCAGUUAUACUUACGACACUUUACUGGUGGCCGAUGGAAGAUCGAAGAACAAGAAGAUCAUACCUGCUCAGAAGACGCAGGAGACAGAACCGGUCGAAACGCCCGAGACGUCGAAAAUUGGACGUUACGUCUGCUGCGAGUGCGGUAAACAAUACGCGACCUCGUCGAACCUGUCGCGACACAAACAAACCCAUCGUAGCAUCGACUCGCAAUCGGCGAAGAAAUGCAUCCACUGCGGCAAGGCGUACGUCAGUAUGCCGGCCCUGGCGAUGCACGUGCUCACCCACAAGCUGACGCACAGUUGCGGCGUGUGCGGCAAGAUGUUCUCCAGGCCGUGGUUGCUGCAAGGCCAUCUGAGAAGUCACACGGGGGAGAAGCCUUACGGGUGCGCGCACUGCGGCAAAGCGUUCGCCGAUCGGUCCAAUCUCCGCGCCCACAUGCAGACCCAUUCCGCGGACAAGAAUUACGAAUGUCACAAGUGCCACAAAUCGUUCGCGCUCAAGUCUUACUUGAAUAAACACUUGGAGUCCGCCUGCCAGAGGGAGAACGAUGAGCCCAGCAACGACCUAGAUGCGCCACAGUAGAUUCGUUCGAUUCGUUGGGCAACAGUUGGCGCUCGUGUCGCUGGUUACGAUCAAUUAACGACACGUCGUGCAAAAGACCAAAGAAGCAAUUUCUCCAAGGUGCGAAUUCUCGUCGGUAGGUCGAUAUCGAUCCGUCUGGAAAUAGAUCUAUAACGAUGACGAAUUCAUUGUUUCUCCCUUCCUUUCGUAAACUUAUAAGAAAAUUCACGAUUCGUUUGAUCGAGCUAGUGAAAGGAAGGGAUGAUCCAUGAAAUAUAUAGAAACAACGGAAAUACUCUCGUCUUAGAGAUUGACAACAACAGUGAUCCUUCAUCGUUGAACACCAACGCAUCGUAUUCUCAUUUCUGGGUAAGCAAACGAUUUCAAACGCAUUUCAAAUCACGAUCCAAAUAAUCGAACGAAAAAGAACAAACAAAGAACGAACACGUGUUCGAAGAUGAAACGUCAUCUUUCCUGUAAAACGAUCAAGGAUCGUUUCGUUCUUCGUGCGAGAUUGGCCCCAAAAAGUGAGGUUUAUUAUAUAGGAAAAAAAAGUGGAUGUUAAAGUCGCGUUUAAAGCUGGAAAAGAGACGAACUCUCGAAUACUCUCGAAUUACAUUUACAGGGAUACAUCGUCCUAAGCUAAGAAGACAAUUUUAUCCGCAUCGGAACGCGUACGAUGCUAUUCUAACGACAUUCCUUUCGUCCAUGAUAAAAACGAUAAAAAACUCCGUUCGUUGUCCGGUAAAAUCGAUAUUCGCGGGACAUCGAAAUGGAAAACGAAACGACGCCUCGUUCGGUUUCCGAUUAAGGGUUUUGAAGUACGGUGAAAGAGAGGACGCGGAGAACGAACAGCGGCGGCGAGAAUCGAUGCAAUACUAUCGAGGGACCAUCAAUUUGUGAGUAAAAUUCAUUUCGAAUCCGCCGAUCGUCGAUGGAAAUCGGAUCAAUCCUAGCCGAAGGAUUUGAAGAUCCAACGAAAAUAAUGUACGCUCGAAGUAGUAUCUCGUUGAUAUAGCGACGUCCUCUUUGAUACUUAAGGAUUUUUAGAAAUCGCAAUUUGGCGUCUUCUCAUCUUGUUCUUCUUGCUCGUUUUUUUCCACGAAUUCUUCUGAAAACUGAAAAAUGUAAUCUAGUCGAUUGACUGACAGGGUCAGCAUUAUCAUAUUGUUAGGAUAUCCUUUAGAUAUAUUUUACUUCUUCUUCUAUCUCGUUGCACACACACACACACACACACACACACACACACACAGAUUAUGUUCCAAGAGCAUUUUAAUUUGUUAAGUGGGGAUUUGAUUAAAGUUUAAUUUAUAUCAUCUGAAAAUGAGAUCACUUAUGACUUAAUCUUGACUAUACAAUUGAAAAAAGGAAUUUGCACGUAUUUUCUUAAUUAUAAAAAUAUUAUCAAGUGAUGUAUCUACAAAAUGUACUCUAAUUUAAUUCAUAAUAUGCAAAUAUAUUUUUUGUAUCUCUCUAUUAUAGAAGAUACAAAAUAAAUAACCCUAAUCCAUCUAGGAAAAAGCAAUUUGAUCCUAACUUAUUAUCCCCAGCUUGCAAUUUAAAAUGAGAAAACGAGAACAGAAUCUAUGAUGAACCAACGUGAUCCAACGUAUAUAAACUUUAUCAAAGAAAAAAAAGAAAAAAAAAAAACUUCACUAGUAUCUACUCACUUUAACUUAAUAUUUCAUCACUCAUCUUAUUCUUCGAUCCUAUAAGAUACUCCAAUCUUCUUCUACGAUCGUUCAAAUUCUCGAUCAAAGAUAAAAUGAUUCGCUCGUGAAAAAAGUCAUUUCUUCGUCGAAGUGUCUGACAUUCGAUACGAAACCAGUGUCCAAUCCGCGGAAAACUUUCCACGCAAGUGUAAUUUCCUCGAGGCAUCCUUUUUCCGAACUUCCAUCGCCGCACAAUGGAGGCGGUGGGGAUGGGCACACGUCGAAGGUUUUCAUCAACAUUUCACGUAAACUGGACCACCUGUUGAAUGCCGGAAUGACCAUUGGUAGCGAAAGGGUCGCUCUCUCGUUCCGCUCCCCUAAAUUAUAGAACAGUACUCCUGUAAUUUCCUCGUUGUCAAAAGUAUACGAGAUCGCGAUUUUUUCCACUUUUUCUCUUUUUUUUUUCUCUGCAACAGAAACGGUGGACAAAGGUGUGUCAAGGAAUUCGACAGACGUAGAAUUACAAAUCGAGCAACUGGUCUCUAGUCAGAUUCUUUCGAUUAUUGAUCAAAGGAAACUCUAGUCGAAUAAGUUUUCCGAAAUAUUUAUUCUCUUACUAGAUUUACGGUCAUUUCUUUUAAUUCUCGUUUAGAUUAAUUAACAGUUUUCUUGGAUUUUAUAAUGUUGAGUUCCUAAUGAAUAAGUUGUUGUGAGCGAAAGAAAUUUGGAGAUUUUUGUAAAAUGAUGAUUCUCACAAAACGUAGGUAGAUUCCUUUAAACUAGUCUAGUCUAUUGAAUGAAUACGUGGUUGCGAAUAGUCGAGUUAUCUCGUUAAAUAUUUAACAACGUUUGUAAGGGCAAAUGUAGGUAUUUUUACGCGAAUCAAAACUUCGAUUUUAUUAUUCUUAGUCGUCUUAGUCGCUCUUUUAUCCGUCAUAUAUUUCACUCGUAAGUAGAACACCUCGAAUCGUGAUAUUAAUUUUAGAACGUAUUUCUGCGUUAUGAUUAAUUAAACGAUAAAAAAACAAAAAAAAAAAAAGAAGAAAAGAAAAGAAAAGAAACUGAAGCGUCGAAAGGAAUGUCGGCGAAAAAAGAAAUAUUCAGCUGAAUGGAACGAAAAACCAAAGAGCACAAGCACCAGCUCGCAAAAAAUAAAAUAAAAGGAAGAAAAAAAAAAAAGAAAGAAAAGAAAAGAAAAAAAAAUAAUAAUAAUAAAAUAAAAUAAUAACUUAUCCUCUAGUCAACGAGCUACGCUUGUAUUGUAUCGUUUUAUCUUAGGUUGCCCCGGUUGAAUCGAUGGGCUUAUUAGUCCUUGUAGUAUAAUAGGUGAACUGGUCGUUCUUCUAAUUUAAUUUGGUCGCUGUUGCUUUCGCGUGAG